ACCCUUAGCAAUAGGAUAGACUCCUCCAACUUCUUCAAUUCUUUUGACUUCUUCGACGAGGAUGAUCCUACGCACGGGUUCGUUGAAUAUGUCGACUCGACCACUGCGAAGUCCCAAGGCCUCGCUAGGGUUUCCGGCAAUGGUAUCUAUCUGGGCGUCGACUACAAAACUGAAAACCCCCCGAACGGUCGCAAAUCUGUCCGCAUACACUCUCAAAAGUCCUUUACACACGGUCUUUUCAUUGCUGACAUUACCCAUAUGCCUGGAAGCAUCCCCGGUGUAUGGCCUGCCUUCUGGAUGUUCGGACCCGACUGGCCUUUCUCGGGUGAGAUCGAUAUCAUAGAGGGUGUAAAUACCCAGACACACAAUGGCAUGUAUCUACAUACUGGGCCCGGCUGCAUUGUCAAUAACGAAGGUAGCGAUCAGAGUACUUUGCAGAUCGGUGACGACUGUAAUGCACCGGGAGGCUGUGGCCAGAUCACGUCGAGGAGCCAGAACUAUGGCAAUGGGUUCAAUAGCGUAAAGGGCGGUGUCUAUGCGACUGAGUGGACAUCAGAAUAUAUCGCCGUUUGGUUUUUUCAGCGCGGUUCUGUCCCCAGUGACAUUCGGACAGGCCAUCCGGAUCCUACAUCUUGGGGUCCAGCUGCGGCUAGGUUCAAUGGCGGUGACGGCUGCCACCUUGAUGAUCAUUUCAAAGAGCACCGUAUAGUCUUUGACACUACCUUUUGCGGCGAUUGGGCAGGCUCUCCUGGUAUUUGGGAUUCAAAUCCCGAGACAGCGGCUCUAGGUGACUGCAAAACGUACAUUGCUUCUAACCCUUCCCACCUACGGGAGGCCUACUGGCUCAUCAAAAGCAUUGAAAUAUAUCAGAAGCCCCGGGGUUAAACUCCACGAAGCUUGUUCCAUUUCCCAAAUUUCUCCACUUCCCUUUUCCCAUGACAUCUCCCUCAAUGCUGCACGGUUAUCCACAUUCUGAGGUCUUUACACAUCGUUCAUGUUUUGUGAAAAUAUCAGCCGGAUAUCGUCUUGUAUGACGAUCCAGGAGCUGCACUUUCCACCCUGGGUAUUUCAUCUACUUCAUGCUUGCUGGUUUAAUCGGCUAGAACACCCGAUAUUACGUAUACUCAAUGCUUUCCUCUAGGCUAACGUAUUGGAGAGAUAUUUAUUGGGUUGUUGUAUUUUAAUGUUCUUUUACAUAUUUCUUCAAAGUGUCUCAUCAUAGCUUAACUACUUCAUGCAGCC